AUGAGUGCAAAGACGUCCGCAGUGGCAGACGAGCCUAUCCAGGUUCUGUUUGCCCUGCAUACCGGCUUCAACCUCAUGGACUUUGCUGGUCCAGUUGAGGUUUUCUCCAGCGCCCUGCAUGACCUGCAGGAUCCAACCUCCAAAGCCUUUGAUAUCACCAUCGCGGGCGAUGACACCAGCGUGGUCUCCGAUCAGGGUGUGAUUGUCAGCACCCAGAUCUCUUGGAAGGAAGCCCACGAGCGAUUGGAGGAGUGGGAUGUGGUCGUCGUGCUUGGCGGCAACACUAGCCGCAUUCUCAAGAGCAACGAGAACGAGCCCCUCCCGCUGAUCAAGGCCUAUGCCGAACUCCAGGAAAAGGACCCAAGCCGUGAGCGUACGCUCCUCUCCAUCUGCACCGGUGCUCUGUUCCUGGCCCGACAGGACAUCCUGCUUGGCCUGGCUGCCACCACUCACCCCGAUUUUAUGACUACCUUCGAGAACGAGUGCAGCCAAGCCGUCGUACGUACCGGCGAUAAGCGCACCGAUGUCCACGAGGACGCUCGCUAUGUAGUGAACAACCUGCGCUUUGACGUCGGCGACGACGACCCUUAUGUCAAGACCAAGGAGGAGCUAUCUGAUAGACGCCCCUCGAAUGCUCGGAAGGGUUCUAUUUCCUUCAAGCAGUCGAGGCGGAGGGAGUCGAUCGCCCGUCGCGAGGAAAUGCGCUUGGGCGGUUUGCGUGUUAUUACGAGCGGUGGCGUGGCUGCUGGCAUCGACGCCGCCUUGUACGUGGUUAGCGCCCUUGUUUCUAUUGAGUCAGCCAACGAAGUUGCCCGGUUCAUGCAGGUUACGUGGACUAAGGGCGUCGUUGUCGAUGGCGUCGACGUGUAA